AUGGAGCAAGGGAGCCGAGGGCUGGCAAAAGAAGUUCUGAAGCUACUGCCUCCAGCUCACACCCGUCAAACUUCUUUCUGCUCCUGCCCUCAGCUCCCUGCCUCCAGUGGAGACGAACACACUCUCCAAGCGCUGAAGCAUGGAGGAAACCGACCACUCCCUGCUGGGCCUAAAGUCGCUCUUCUCUCUGCACAGAGGGAAAGUCAGUUCCCCAGCAAAGGGAAUCUGGGAGCCCCUCUGGGCACCCCAUCAUCCCAAGUUAGAGCUGAGGGCAGCGAGCAGGAAGGGGCCGCGCCCCACGACCCGAGCCUGGGGUUCUCCUCCGGGCCUGGGCACUCGCAGCACGAGCGGACACCCCUCUUAGCCCUCCAAGGACCCUGGGAGGAGUCGCCUGAUGCGCGCCCUGUGCAGGCCGCGUCCGAGCAGACGCGGAUCCGAAACUUGCUCGGACGCCGCAUCGCUGGCCUGCUGCCCCGCGAGUUCCCCGGCCUCCCCUGGUCGCCGCCGCCGCCUGCCGCUCCCGCCUCCACCCCGCCCCGCCGGCCCCCGCCCUCCGCCCCUCGCCGCCCGCAGCGAAAGCCGCGCCGGGAUGAAAUCAGCGCCUCCCGGCAGCUGACGGCUGAGCAUCCAGGGCGCUCGCAGGCUGGGGGGAGGCCGCCCUUUAUCCCUGCUGAGGAGUCCUCGGGGGCUGCAGAUGGAGUAGGACAACCCCGGGGCGCCCAGGAGGAGAAAGAGCCCGGCGUCCCGGAGGCAGCAGCCCCCAAAGGGAGCUGGGGGGCGGGGAGGUGGGGCGGGGUAGCUGGUGUGUUUGUGGAGAGCUGA